GGGGGUUUGGACAAAGCCAGUCAGAUGUUGGACGGUGAAAAAUAUCCUCCGAACUUAAACGCCUUUCCACCGCGUUGUGAACAUGAAUUGUUAAGCUGAUCAUCUGUCGCGAAGGUGCAGGGUGAUAACGGGAGGGGUAAGGUCUAUUUUUAAGAGGGCGAGAGUUUGGAUCCCGCACCGGGGGAAGGAGUAGGGGUGUGCGGAGGAGGAAGACCCGCAGGGAAGAAGGGACGUAGCGGGAGAAAAUCCUGAUGCCAGUGAUGGCAAACGAGCCGAUCAUCCUGAACGUCUAUGAUAUGUACUGGAUCAAUGAGUUCACCAGCUCUCUGGGCAUUGGGGUGUUUCACUCAGGGAUUGAGAUCUAUGGAAGAGAGUUUGCCUAUGGCGGACACCCGUACCCAUUCUCAGGGAUCUUUGAGAUUACACCGGGUGAUGCAACCGAACUCGGCGAGACCUUUAAGUUCAAAGAAGCCAUAGUCCUGGGCAGCACAGACUUCACAGAGGAGGAUGUGGAGCGGAUCGUGGAGGAAAUGGGGAAGGAGUACAAAGGCAACGCCUACCAUCUAAUGCACAAGAACUGCAACCACUUCUCCUCAGCACUAUCAGAGAUCCUGUGUGGCAGGGAGAUCCCUCGCUGGGUCAACCGCCUGGCCUACUUCAGCUCCUGCGUGCCAUUCCUCCAGAGCUGCCUGCCCAAAGAGUGGCUGACCCCGGCUGCCUUACAGUCCAGCGUCAGCCAGGAGCUCCACGGAGGAGGAGAGCUGGAGGAGGCCGAGGACGCCGCUGCCACGGCCUCCCUGGCCUCCAUGUCGCCCUGCUCACCCUCAUCCUCCUCCAGCCCCUCCUCCUCCGUGCCUCGUCACUCCCGCCACCAGCCCCGGCGGUAGAAGGUGCAAGGUCUGCUGGGAAACUUGGGGCUGGACCUGUGGUCGGGAAAUAGACCAGCUGCAGCAGCUGAGGAGUCCAGCUACAGCCAAAUGUCCUGUCAGACUCUCCUCAAGCGAGACACUGAACUGCUGCCUGCUCUGGGUAAGAAUGUCAGCCAAAAUCCCUGCAAUGAUCCUGAGCAGCGGAAUGGUUUUUCCUCGCAGGGGGAACGAGCUUUUGCCACUGACAAAGGCAGCAUUGUCCCUCAGCGAACAUGGCUGACGGAUUACAACAUCCCAUCCAAAAUCCAAAAACUAUUGCCCCUCUAGUCUCUUUCGUUAUUUUACCAGCCUGGAGGCAGGACCGUUUGUUUUCCCACCAAAGCAUUGCAUAGUUUAGGAGAAUUUACCAGCCGCAUCCAUAUUUUCCGAGCAGUUAUUUGAUAGACGGUGCUAAUCUCCACCUUGUUGUGGAAACCAGAGUGAGGGGAUGCUGAAAAAGAAGUGCAGGUUUGGGUCAGUUUUUAGCCAUGAGCCCACGCUCAACCCUGAUUUAGAUUUGACAUAGAGCCGAUGUUCAGUGAGAUCGCUCUUUACUCUGCAGGCACGUUUUUGCCCUAAUAACCAUAGAAAUCAGGGUAAACACGGACAACUCUGAAUGAGGUCUGUGGUUUCUUAAGUUCCCUAAGGUUGCGGCUGAGUUGCCCUGAGACUUGAACUCUGAAAGGCUGACAUGGGUUUGACCUUGGCACUCAUUCCUAGUUUUUCAUUUAUUUGGAAUCUUAAAAAUCCAACUUCUGUCAGCCAAGCUCCAUUUGGCUGAUUAAAAACACCUGUCAAUCAAAUCAAACCUGUCAUAAACAUCUGUUUAAUCUUAUUGUUUAUGGAGCACUCAUUCUCAAAAACACCAUCAGGACACAAUAACCAGAAGCAAUAAUCUUUUGAGAGCCUAAUGUCUUAUGAAAAAUAAUGUAUUUCUAGAGAGACUUUAAGGCAGGCGUGUGUUUAUAGCUGUUCCAACCUCCAGACCUCUUGACAUUCAUUCAGAUGAAACAACCUGAGAAGGAUGAAUCACUGUUUACAUUCAAAUUUGUUCAAACUAAGGCCACUGAUGAAAAAAGUAAGGCCUUGCGCACUGACUCCAAGCCACGAAAUUUAUUCAAAAAGACAACAUUUCGAUCCCAGUUGGAUCUUCGUCAGGAGGAAACGCUUAAAAAUGUACACCACACCCACAUAUACUGUAUGCUGUGACACGUGUACAGGUUUUUCAUAGCAAUUAACAAAGAGUACGAAGGCAACACAUCAAAAUAUCAACAAUACAUUAAAAAAAUAUCAUCAAAAAAAGGUGGAACCUUCAAAUGUUGUCCAAAAAUGGAAAAAAAUGGAUUUAUAACCCAAAUGAUCACACCUGUGCAGUAGUCUCGACUGGGAUCGAACCAUUGUUUUUUAAAUAAUUGAAUUGGUUUGCAGUUGGUGUGCAGGCGUUACUUUUUCCCCCGAUGCUGCUUUUUAAAGAUCCUCACACCUAAUCGUGAUGUGCGCAUAAUUACAUCCCUUCAGUGGUCUGCCAUCUGAGGAAACUUCUCUCGAGUGAAGCCUCUGAUCAUUAUCAGGUUUUGAAUCCCCUCUGGCCAAGCGCUGGUAUAAUUUGACUGUGGCUGGUAAAUGUUUACACUGCGGCCUGCUGUGGGUAAAAUGUCCUGAAUAUUUGGCUGGUAAACUUUUGAAAGCAGCGGGUGGAUUCUGGACUCGAAACACUUUGCCUCAGAACUGUGUGUGCGCGUCAGGACCUCAGCCUUUCGUUCUUUUUCUAUCACAGCAAGCUGGAUAAACUACAGUCAGCCUCAUUUUUCCUACAAAUGCCACAUAGCAACAAAUGAACUGAUCCAGAACCAGUGUCUAAAUGGGUUAAACUCCCUAACGCACCAAGCCUCUUUCUUUGUCCCUUUUUUUUCAGGUAUCUGUAGCAGCUCUUAAAACCCUACCUGCCGAUCAUGGAAUAACCACACGUGAUUUGAUCAAAUUAAACCCAGUGAAGUGGAUUUUAAAAAUGUAUCUGCCUGUAAAGUAAUAAUCGUGAAAUAGCCACAAUUAUUUCUUCACCAAUAAUGUAAUCUCGUUCAUUUUUUCUAAAUAAUUUAAGAAUUAUGUUGAGAGGGCAGGCAGUGACUUAGAGGUUAGUGAAGACUUCGUUACCAAGAAAGUUCUGCGUUUCUGCGUAAUCUCAGAGUAAAGUAGACCGAAUUCUUUCUUAGUAGCAACUGCCAAGGUGCCUUUGAGCAAGGUACUUAACCUGUAAGUGUCCCAGCGGCCACCAGUAGAAGACUGGUCGUAGUGGACUGCUCCCAGUUGUCGGUGCGGUGUGUCCAUCUUUGCAAGUGUAGGGCAAAAUGUUUCGCCCUGACCCGAGUCAGUCAAGUAUCUGUUGAUGGACACGGUGUCGGUUCGUAAUCUGUAUAAAUGUCUGAAGAAGAAGCAAA